CCUGAAAUUUGUCUCGCAGCUGAAAUUCAAGCAGCUCACAGAGGCAGAGACGGAAGGAAGGAGGAAGAAGAACCCUGAGGAGGAAAAUUAGGGUUUAAUCAACUCAAAUGGUCACUCUUCAACUAUGGCCAAUUCCUCGAAUCCCUUCCAUCCUCAUCCCAAAAAAAUCCAACUGCUCCAAUUUCACUUCUUCUUCGUGUUCCCUACAUUUCAGUUCUGACCGUUCCAAGUCUCUCUCCGGGAUUCUCGAUUUACGGUAUGCUAGACAUACAAGGGCUAAUUUUCGGGUCCCUCGUUGUAAUGGUUUUAACAAGGAGACUGCUAAGACCACGGCGCUGGAUGCCAAGGAUACAGGCGGGGGAGGCGGCGGCGACGGUGGAGGGGACGGGGAUGGGGGUGGAGAUGAUGAGGACACAAAAACGAGCAGUGGAAUUUUGCCGGAAUGGCUGAAUUUCAAUGCGGACGAUGCAAAAACGAUCCUGGCGGCAUUGGCCGUGUCGCUUGCCUUUCGGUCGUUUGUGGCGGAGCCUAGAUAUAUUCCAUCGUUGUCUAUGUAUCCCACGUUUGAUGUGGGAGAUAGACUUGUGGCUGAAAAGGUCUCGUAUUAUUUUCGAAAGCCCUGUCCCAAUGAUAUCGUAAUUUUUAAAAGCCCACCAGUGCUUCAAGAAGUUGGCUACACAGAUGAUGUUUUUAUUAAGCGGAUAGUUGCAAAAGAAGGUGAUGUAGUAGAGGUUCAUAAUGGGAAAUUGAUUGUAAAUGGCAUAGCUAGAAAUGAAGACUAUAUCCUUGAAGCCCCCAAGUAUGAAAUGGAUAAAACUGUUGUACCAAAAAACUAUGUUUUUGUCAUGGGCGACAAUCGAAACAACAGUUACGACUCGCAUGUCUGGGGUCCUCUUCCUGCAGAGAACAUAAUCGGCCGAUCUGUAUUUCGAUACUGGCCUCCCAAUAGAGUUGGUGGCACUGUUGCUUCUGAAGACGGCUGUACAAAUACAAUCGACAACAAGGAAAGUGCAGUGGCUGCUGCACAGUAACCCAUCCGGUUCGAUUUUGACAGAAAAUUCAGUACAUGUUUUUUAUCCACCUAAUUAUCGAAGAGGCUGUGUACGCACAAGUACGUAAUUAGGCCUCUUUAAAGCCCCAACUGACCUACCUGCACUUCUGCUUAGAAAUAUAAUUUGGAGUGAGUUUGUUUCAAUGAUUUUGUUACAUUCAUUACAGUAUUGAUUUUGGGAACUGUAUAUUUUCUGGUAAUUGCUUGAA